CUUGCAUUGGUUGACUUGUCCAAAGGCGAUACUCUAAUUGACCUGUUGCACUCAUAAUCGACUUAUUCCUUUCUGAUUACGCGGCGCACAGGGUAUACAAGGAGAAAUACAAUUGUUUCAAAUUUUCAAAAAAUUGUUAAAAAUGAUAAAUAAAUUGUUUUGUAUGCGUCUCAGCACGGCCGGUUAUGUCAUUGGUGGCAUGAACAUUGCAAUUUCGAGUACAGUUAUAUUCUUUAAUGUCAUCGCAUUGGCCAACAUUGAUGAAGUUGCGCGUACAAUUGAGAAAUAUAUACACGAAAAAGUCAAGCGUUCAGAUUUGGCAUACGCAUUGAAAUUGUAUUUGGCAGGAUCUGUUAUUAGUAUUGUGCUAGCCAGUAUGUUGAUAAUGGGCAUUCGAAAGAAACGACCUGGCCUCAUGUUGCCAUGGAUGGCUAUUACAGGCUUGGCGAUCGUUUUGAAUAUUUGCUAUUGUCUGGGUCUAUUGAUAAAUGUUCUUCUUGAUGGUGCCGGAUUUCUACCGACUGCAAUUUCAUUUUUAUACCUAGGUAUAACUAUAUACAUAUACAUUGGCAUGUAUACGCUGUACCAUCAGAUAUGUCGAGGAAAUUCCAAUCCUCGCAUUGAAUCAAGUGAUCAAAAUAAUCCCGAAACUGCUGCUGGACUAUAUUCUAUUUAAAAACUUGAUCAAAUAUAUCAAAAAAAAUCAGUAUUACUCUGCAGAAAUAUUCUUAAAGAUGUCUUGAUGUCUAAAUAUUCUUGAUGUUGGCCAACAUUUGCAAUUUCUGUAUAUGUAUGUAUGUAUAUAUGUAUUUAUGUGUAUCU